UGUUUUCCCAAAUGUUGUCAUGGAGCGCUGUGAUAGUUCGACAUGUGAGAUGGUCCAGCCCGGUCACGCAGGGCCUUCUCCUCUGCACACUGACCUUCAGCGUCAUCCUGCCCUUGGCCUGCCACCGGUUAAUGUACUCGUAUUACUUCCUGAAGUUCAUGCACCUGGACGCGAUGAGUGAGCAGGCGCUGGAGGACAGCCACCGGAGAGGGCAGGAGGCGCUGCGGUUCUGGAGGGACAUGACCGCCGCGCAGGCCUCCGCCCUCACGCCCACGUCCGCUCCCAACGUCCCCGAGCUGCUGGUAACCGUGGUGACGGCCCGGCGCCGGGAGGGCCAGGAGUAUCACUACCUGCUGCAGGUGAUGCGACGGCUCCUGGCGCUGCUUGGCGACUGCGGGAAGCGGCCGUGUGCCGAGGUGCUGGUGUGCGACGUGGAGUCCAGCCCCGCGCUGAACGAAGACGCCGCGCUGCUGGAGAAACAGUUCCUGGUGGUGCGGCGCUCGGCCGGAGAGAAGUCCAACAGGAGGGCCAGACUGAACACGUUCGAGCGAGAGAAGCAGGACUACGUGUUCUGCCUCCGCCAAGGCUGGGAGAUGAGACGGCCGAGGAACGUGGUGGUGCUGGAGGACGACGCGCUGCCGAGGCCCGACUUCUUUGCUGUGGUUCACGACCUGCUGUCCCGCUCGUUUGCCCGCAACACCCUCUACGUGAAGCUCUACCACCCCGAGCGGCUGCAGAGGUACUGGAACCCUGAGCCGUACCGCCUCCUGGAGUGGGCGGGGCUGGGGCUGCUGGGCUCCUCCUUGCUCCUCCUCCUCUUCCUCUUCUCCUCCUGCUCCUGUGCCUUACUCUCCUUCUCUCUUCCUCAUCUCCUCUUCUUCGCCGUCUUCAUCAUGGUCGCCGUGGAGAUGGUCGGCAGGCACUACCUGCUGGAACUCCGGCGCCUGUCGCCGCAGCUCUACGCCGUCUCCCCGGCGACCGAGUGCUGCACCCCCGCCAUGCUGUAUCCCGGCAACGCCUCGGCCCGCGUGGCGGACUACCUGGAGCGGGCGCAGUGUUCCAAAGGGAACGCCAAGGACAUGGUGCUGUACCGCAUCGCCCGCAGCACCCCGGGGGAGCGGGCACACAGCGUGGAGCCCAACGCCAUCUCGCACAUCGGAGCCUUCUCCUCCGUCAGGACCAACCCCGCACGCCCCAAACUCUUACCGUGACGUCUGGGGACCAACCCCGCACGCCCCAAACUCUUACCGUGACGUCUGGGGACCAACCCCGCACUGCACGCCCCAAACUCUGUUCGUAGAUUCACCUCUUCCUGGUUCACUUUACCCAUUAAAGGACCAGUUCAGUCAAUUUCAAUAUGCUGUUGUAUUGCUCACGCUAUCCUUGACUUGUCAGUGCCCGGUGAUGACACAUUUUUCGGCUAAGCCCUUUGCGAGUUAUGAGCUAUUCUAAUGGGGGCAGCGUUGGUUUACAUUUUUUAAAAAGUUAACAUAGGCCUACUUCAAAUGUUUUCCCAAAAGGUACCGCUGUUUGCUAGUUGUCUGCUGAUGUUGUAUAACCUUUUGGAUGUUAUUGGGAAUAAAUAAAAAUGUUUUUUUUAAAGGUAAACAAAGCGCUGCCCCCAUUACAAUGACCAAGAUCUCGGAAAAGGCUGAAGAAGAAAAAGAAGAAAUCUCAGGUACUGACAAGUCAAGGGUAGUGUGAGCAUUACAACUGCAUGUUGAAAUUGACUGAACUGGUCCUUUAACCACGCUCUCUUGGAUUACUCCCCUGGCCAAGCCUUUUGGAAAGCUUUGGGGUUGAUUUGGUUUUAUAUAUUACCGGUAUUGGUAUCACCAUUCCUAUAACCUUGGAAAUAUAGCAUGUUUUGUGUGAGCAUUGAUAACAUGUGGCUGCCCAGAUGUUAUGUGUGAUGGGGUGAAGAAUGUAUUCAUAUAAUGGUGUUAUAUAAUCAGUGAUGGGUGAGCUGAACUCAUUAGUUUACAAUCCAAUGCUGUUCCAAUGCUAGCCCCCCCCCACGCCCCCCCCCGUCAUUGUGUCCUUGAGUGAGAUACUUAACCCCAACUUGCUCCUGGUGGCAGAGUGGUGCCCUGCGUGGCAGGCACGGCCAUCGGUGUGUGAAUGUGAGUGUGAGUGGGUGAAUGUGAGGCAUACAAUAUAAUGCGCUUUGAGUGCUCGAAGGAGUGGAAAGGCGCCAUAUAAAUGCAGUCCAUCUACCAUCUACCAUCUACCAUCUAUUCCAAAUGACCUGCUCUAAUGACCAUGACCUGUUAACCAGGUGAGUAUUUCAACUAAACUCAAUUAAACUAAUGAGACUAACGAGUGCAGCUUGCCCAUCACUGUAUAUAUAAUUGGGGAACUGGCUACUGGCUUCUGGUUUGGUUUUAUGUGUCUCUUCAUCUGUGGGAAUCCUAAGACAUUUCUUCCAUGAUUUGCACUGUCAUCACUAUUUUCACAUGUCACACCUGAAUAAAUAAUAUAUCUCUUA